AUGACGCUCUGUCUUAAUCGUCUCACGGAGGAACGUAAGCAAUGGCGAAAGGACCAUCCAUUUGGGUUUUCUGCAAAGCCUAUUCGCAACCCCGCCACGAACACUAUUGACAUGAAGAUCUGGGACUGCGGCGUACCUGGCAAGGCUGGUACACUAUGGGAGGGAGGUCUUUUCAAGCUGAACAUUAUCUUUCCAGAUGAAUACCCAACCAAACCUCCAAAGUGCAAAUUUACACCACCCCUCUUCCACCCCAACGUCUAUCCCUCUGGCACAGUCUGUCUUUCGAUUUUGAACGAAGAAGAAGGCUGGAAGCCUGCCAUUACCAUCAAGCAAAUCCUCCUUGGCAUCCAAGAACUUCUCGAUACCCCCAACCCUGAUUCUCCCGCUCAAGCAGAUGCCUACAAUCUCUUCAAGAAGGACAAGUCCGCGUACGAGAACAAGAUCAAGCGCAUUGUGAAAGAUAACCCAGCUCCUUAG